CACUCUCGCCUCAAGUUCUGUUAUCAUGUCGCUAGUACCCCAGCCAGCUCAGUAUGUUGCCACUCACCGGACGGGCGCACGCUUUCCCGCUGGAAAAUUCGCGCUUUUCGUACAUUUUCGCCGGAAAAUAGGAUGUUCAUGAAGUGUUGCUGAUAUUUGAAUAGUUUUUGUGUUUUGUGAAUAAUGUGAAUUAUGGUUACCAAGUGACUGUAUUAUGAAGAUGGUGGUGUUAAUUGUUCUCGGCGUACUCAUUGCUCGCACUGUAUGCCACACGAUAACACUGCUAGACGUGCCGCGCUGGGCGGACCCGCGCGUAGAAGCAGAGCUUCGCUGCUUCUAUGCGAAGCAGCCGUUGGACCCACCGCUUCACUCCGUCAAGUGGUACCGAGGCACGCAUGAGAUCUUCCGAUACACGCCACAAGAGUAUGAGAGUCGAGCGUUCAACACGAGCGGCGUGUCGGUGACGAACAGCUCGUGCGACGGCGCCGCGUGCGCUGUGAGCGUGCGCCCCGAGCCCGGCACCGCCAAGUACACGUGCGAGGUGUCCAGCGAGGGGCCGCGCUUCGCCGUAGAUAGGAGAUCAACUAAUAUGACAUUAGCGGUGCUGCCGGAGUACGACCCGCUGAUCACGGGGCUGCCGACGUACGUGAACGCGGGCGAGCAGGCGCUGGUCAACUGCACCAGCGACCACUCGCUGCCGGCCGCCAUGCUGGACUGGUUCGUGGACUCGGAGCCGCAGGAGGACCCAGUGAUCACGGGCGUGACGCACGUGUCAGGCGCGGACGGCGACGGGCUGCGUGCGUCGUGGCGCACGCUGCACGUAUAUCCUGAUGACUACGCCACGCACCGCGGCUUCCUCGCGCUGGAGUGUCGCGCCACGCUGCCUACGCGCCCACCAAACGUGCGCAGCAUGGCCGUGCGCCUCUACGUCGAGAGCCGCCCGCACAUAUCAUCGCCCAUGUUAAGUAAAACUAGUAAAAGCAGCGCGACAAGAUUGCGCUGUGUGUGUGUUCUUUGGACGUUGAUGCUCCUCGCACGGAGACGAGUGCCUUUACUAGUGCAAUAGGACUAGUUGACUGAACUGAUAUAUCGAAUUAUCUGUGGACCUUCAAAACGUACGUGAAGCUGUGAGGUACCUAUAGUUAAACUAUUAUGAGAUAUUAAUGUAAUUAAAAAUAAUAAUUAGAUUAUGUUUUACCUGUCUAGAUAGACUAAGGGGCCGAAUCUUCAGUACAAAAACUUUUGGACAUGAGAUUGCGAAAAUAGGUAAAUACAGACAGUAAGCGUACAUUAAUUUCAAAUAAUUUCUACAUAGCUGUAUGGACUAGUGUGGACUCAGAGGCGCCUCUAGCUCACGGAACGCCUGGGUGCAAUAAUCACCCUAGCGCCCUCUAUCUUAAUAUAUAAAUGCAAAAGGUUCAUUACGAAAUCUCGAAAAUCGCUUGAAGUACAAAACUGAAAUUUGGCAGGGAGGUGAUUUACAGUUAGUAGGUACCCACUAAAACGGAUUAUGCGAGCCGGAUGCAACGCACACCCUGCACUAUAGGUAAAUACGCCUCUGAGUGUGGUAUAUAUCCAAGAGUAUUUUUGUAUUUCUUUGUUUUCUCAAUUGGUUUCUUCAAAUAAUUUAAAAGUAAGUAAGUGUUUUAUUAAAGCUCGAUGAUAUUUUUACUUUAAUUCAAAAAUAUUUUGUACGCAGAAAUAGUGUCACUACAGUGUCCAACAUUUUUGUAUAUGUAGAUUCACUUCUUUUCGUUGGAGUAUAUAUUCUUGGGUACUAACUAUGGUUAUCAAGUUAUGAACUGAAAGGAGAAUUUUCACGUUAUCUGGACAGGUAUGUAAUCUAAGAAAAUAUAAAAUAAAUGGUUUUCAAUAGUAAUUUUCCCGCAAUUGUGUUGUCUGUGAAACCUUUAGUUAUAGUAUAAGAGCCAUAGCGUAUUAUUACGAGUUAUAUCUUGCAAUAUUACUUUUUUUACUACCGGUCAGGUUAAACUGUUUUUUUUAACACGUCUUAUUAUUUUGGAUUUUUUAACCCGUCAUACUUGUUUAUUGGAAAGUGCGAAUUGCACUUUAUUUGUCUUUCCGUCAGUCUGUUUAAUAAUUAUGAUUAUAAUAAUAAAAUAUUUAAAUAGGUAAAAACUAAACUACAUAAAUUAUCCAGAAAUCAAUAAUCACAUUUCUGUAAAAACUGUAAAUAUGCCUAAAGGCAAAAUCGUAAUUGUAAAAAAACACCUUAUUUUUUACAAAUGCGAACAUUUACAUUCAAUAUAAAAUCUGUCAAUCUUAUUAUAUAACAGCUAAACGAGACUAAAUUCCGGAAAUAAACAGCAUAGGAAUGUACUUUUGUUCGUAAAAAAAAUAUUAUUUUUGUAAACCAAGAUUGUUAACAAAGGUUUUUUUUUUUGUAAAAUUUGUAAACAAUAAGUCGCACAGUUUAAUAUUUCUAACUACACGUCUUGAGUAAUAUUUUGCACUAUAAUAUACAGAGAAUAUUGUACAUGUGCUCACAAUUUUGUAAAAUGAAAUAUUUUUUUUUAAAUUUCGCUUCACCGAAAUUCGUGGCGCAUUAUUUACAAAAGAUCGUAAAUAUUUAAUUACAAUGUGAAAGUGUAAAAAUAUACCUUACCAUUGACUCUUAUCAAGUUUGGCGUUAAUAAUAUUUUUUUUUCCAAAUUCUUAAAAAAUAAAGAAAGCAACUUAAUAAUUCCCAUUCGCAAUAAUAUUAGUUUAAACUAAAUAGCAAUAACAACAUUAUACAUUUUUUUUACUAACGUUAAGUUGAACGGUUUGAUCUAAAUAUUGACAGCUUUAUUCGUAAUAAUAAAUUCAUUAUAAUAAAAAAUAUAUAAUAUUAAUUUAUUUACUUUUACGACAAGAUUAUCCGAAAUGUAGUAAACAUAAAAGGUAAAUUUCACACUGUCGCAUAUCCAUGCAAUAUUAUGCAAAUACGGAUGUGUACAUGCAAUGAAAUGCAUACGAUUAUGCAACUGCGCCACACUUGGUCAGAUUCAACCCCUUGAUAGACAAAGAGCUGGUGUAAAGAUUGGUUGAAGUGCUUAAAUGAAAUUAUUAUUUUAAUUAUUAUUAUUUUAUCGAUAGAUUAAUGACAAAAAAAAGAGGUUUAGAAGAUGCAGUAAUCACUGAUUUGCAGUUCAAUUUUGUAACACCAAUAUAAGUCUUAUACUAAUGUAUUUUAGGUUUUAUUUAGAUUGAUACUAAACUAGUCGCUUCACAACUUCCAACGAAGUCGAAAUUGUGCUUAAUUAGUAAAGGUUUUCUGAUUGGCCAUCUGAUACAAAUUAUUACAUACUCUGUUCUAAACAUUGGGUUUCUUCUCACGUCUUAUUUAUUCUUUUACCAAUAACAUUCUAAUAAAUACUUCAUUAUUUAAUACUUUAUUAUUCUAGAUUUUAAUAAAUACUUCAUUAUAAAUUUUCAUCAGCUCUAGGACUACAAUUUUUUUUCUUUUGUAACACGACUAAUAUAAAUUGAGAAUUGUUAUGUUUUAUAAUUAUUUAUGAUAAAUUAUAUUAUUAAGAGACUCCAAGUGCCAGUCAUACCUUAUUUUAGACUGAAACUUUGUCAGUCAAAGCCUACCUAUACCAUACGUAAGUACGGUAGCCAAGGAAGUUGGAUUGUGUUGGCUUUGGGAACGUAACUAAUUUUCUGUAGAAACCGAAAGGGGUGUGGAUUUUCAUCCUCCCCCUAACAAGUUAGCCCGCUUCCAUCUUACAUUGGAACUCAUUGACGUUGUGGGGGCGCCCCCAGGGGAUCGUUCACAUAAAUCGUUCGAUCGUUCGUAUAAAGAAAAAAAAAGAGUGUGUGUGUCAGCUGCAACACACGAAUGGAAUUUACUCUUUCAGAUCGACUGUCUAAAUACGUGUAUGUUGCCCCGCAGCAUACACUAUGUACAUCUCAAUACUGACGCCUGAAAAGUGAAAGGUGCGCAGAAUAGGUUGCGCACAAAAAACGUAAGGUAACGUUUAUCAAAUUUUACUGCCCAUAUUUUUUUCAUACCGCAGGCUAUAUAUGAAAAAUCGAUUUAAAAGGAGUAAACUCCAAAAAUUAUAGCAUAGGAUGGACUAGCAAACUCUCGGCCUACAUAAAAUGAGGUAUGUCUGACUCUCGCAGAAUAUAGUAAUAAGCCACACAGUGUGAUAUAUUCUCAUCAUGUUGUAAAUAUUAAAUUAAUAGUAGUCGAUGUGCCAAUAUUGUUAUCAUUUUAUGGUUGAUUUUGUAACUUUAAUAUGGAAAUUGCUCAAAAUGAUAUAUUUUGUAAUGAUAAUAAUUGUUACGGUUUGAUUUUGUAUAACACUUUAAAGUUAAAUAUUGGAUAGAAGCAGGCGUUACUUUGCGGAACUUCAUCAUGAUUAUAUAAUGAUUUAUUUAUUUUGCUAUCAUCCGCGAAAAGUUGACGAACCCAUGCGACAACGACACCCAGGUCCGACAAAAUACUCUCUACGUACGUUUCACCCCGAAACCGGAGCCUCAGGAGAUGUUGUAGAGUAUUUUGUCGGACCUGGGUGACGUUGUCGCAUGGGUUCGUCGACUUUUCGCGGAUGAUAGCAAAAUAAAUAAAACUUUAAAGUUGUUUACUCAUAGGUUCAGUCAUUUAAUCGUUUUUAUCUGGAAAAGUUUUUGGGAGUUUAAAUGUUGGUGUUUACUUUUCGAUGUUCUCUUUUUGAAUUUUUAUUUGAACACUUCGUGUAAUUGCCGCUUUUUUUGCUUUAUUGGAAAAUUGUGACAGAAAACAGUUUUAAGACAGUAUAACUGAUCUCACUUAUAGCAGUCCCAAAAUCGCUUCAGAAGUUUCGGAGUAUAUUCGUAACAAACAAAUAGUCAAAUUUCACUUCAUUAUAAAAUUACUUUAGAUGUAACCGCGUAAAAAAUCUAAAACAACGACGAAUAUCUAUGGAAAAAAUAAAUGUCACUACUAUAAAAUGCAUAUUUAUGUUAUAGGUGGUACAAAUGAAAUAACACGUUUUUCACAGAAAAGUAGACAGUUACAUUUUCAACUUAAACAAACACCGGGAAACGAGGCAUUUUCCUAAUAAUAUUUUCUUGUUAUUACCUAUUUGCUAUACACACAAUGUAUUCGCAUUACGUUCCAAAUGGCUUCAAUAAGCACUUGCAGUAUUCCGUUACCCGUAAAGUCUGAUACAUGUAAUAUUGGUAUUUAUUAGCAUAAUCUGAAGGUGUGUUUAGUCCCUCAUACAAAUAAAUGUUGUACUUGUAUGGUUGUACAAUUUAUAUUUAUAUGAGGGUAUACAUACACUCGUGAAAAGCGAUAUAAAUUUGUUACACAUACAAAGUCAACUUUAUAUUAUGACAUUGAGAUUUAGUUGCACCAUUUAUUAUUAUUAAGAGUAACUAGCGGUAAUGAUUGAAAAAGAAGUGGAUUUAUUUUUAAACCAUUACUUACUUUUUAGAAUACUGUUAAGUUGUCAGAUAAAUUUUCAUUUUGCCAUCGAAAGUGUUUGUCUGUGAUAUCGAUAUUUUUUUUAAAUUAUUGUCUGUCUCCUCAUCUUUGCUAAUCUCUGAAACGGCUGAAACAAUUUAAACAGGACUGUCACUGGUAGCUAGAGGAGGUUAUUGCAUACAGGCUUAAUAUAUAAUUAUAAUAAUUAAAAAUUAAAAAAAUAUAUAACUUCUAUUCCGGAAAAUCUAUGGUUCCCGUGGGAUUUUGAAUAUCAAGCCAACGAAGUUGCGGACGUCCGCUAGUAAACAAUAAAUAUUUUGUUAAAGUUGAAAGUAUUUUGAAAAAAGUUAAGUGAACAAGUUGACAACCCUAGCCUAAAUUCAGUAGGAAAUUUUUCCUUACCUCAUAACACAAAUAACAUUAUGCACUCUCUCACUCCCACUUCCGCGUAAUGUAAUGCUCCGUCCCCUUUCCUCCCAUAACAAUGGUCUAGAAAAUAUCGCUCCUAAGGAGGGAACCUCCUUCCCUCAAUUACCUGCUGCGGUUGAAUUCAAAGAGAUUUCUUUACAUUUAAUAUUUAUUGAGUUACAUAGCCAAGGAGCAAGUGGCUAUUUCUGAUACACAGAAAAUAUAUAAAUUUUUUGUAGCACCGUAUAUUAUAAUUAAUUUUAAAAUUAUAACUAUUUUAGUUUCCAAUUAGGUAUUUAAUUCAUUACUAAGAUGUUGUUAUUGACUGUGUGUAAUCACCCUUAUGGUAAAUCGAUUAGAUUUACCAUAAGGGUGCUAACACACAGCCCAUAAUUAUGACAAUGGGAGGGCUCCUACAAAUAAUUAUAUAGAAUAAUUAAUAUUAUUAUUACUGUGAUCAUAAUUAUUUGUUACUUAUUCUAUUUAAGGCUCUCUAAGUUCAUCGAAUCACGUCUGUAAAUCUGAAUUUUAUAAGAGUAAAAUAAAUCUAUUGUACAUAAUAAAAUAUAUGGAAUUAUCUGAAUGUCAAUAAUAAA